AUGGAGGAAGGAUCGUCAAAACCUUCAAAUUUGUUGCGGGACAAAAUUCGCAACUUGAAGCACACUACUAUGGAAGAAUUCAAAAGAAAGGCAAUCUCACACUGGAUUCUUCUAGCUUUGAGCAUCAUGGCAAUGCUUGUGGCAUUUCCUGCAUCAAGUCUACUAACACGGGUUUAUUAUGCGAAUGGGGGUGCAAGCAAGUGGAUUAUUUCAUGGGUGGCAGUUGCAGGGUGGCCUUUAACUGCUUUAAUUCUGCUUCCUUCUUACUUCUUUGUUGAUAGUUCUCCCACUCCUCUGACCUUCAAACUCCUCGCUUCUUAUAUUGUGCUGGGUUUCUUAAGUGCUGCGGAUAAUCUUAUGUAUGCGUAUGCCUACGCAUACCUCCCAGCAUCAACUGCUGCUCUUCUGGCUUCAUCAUCCCUAGUGUUUUCUGCUCUAUGUGGAUAUUUUCUAGUGAACAACAAACUGAAUGCUUCAAUGAUAAAUGCUAUUGUCUUAAUUACUGCUGCUAUGACAAUUAUUGCAUUAGAUUCGGAUUCAGACAGGUAUGAUUAUGUUAGUGAUCGCCAAUAUAUCAUGGGUUUUAUAUGGGAUAUUUUGGGAUCUGCACUUCAUGGCCUCAUCUUUGCUCUCUCGGAGCUAGUUUUCCUUAAGUUGAUGGGGAGAAGAUCCUUCCAUGUUGUGUUGGAGCAGCAGGUCAUGGUUUCUUUCUUCGGAUUUGUAUUUACCACCAUUGGUGUUAUUUUAAACAAUGAUUUUGAAGGGAUGGCAUCUGAGGCUAGAACAUUCACGGGAGGUAAAUCUUCAUAUAUCCUGGUUCUUGUUUGGGGCGCCAUUACUUAUCAGCUGGGGGUAUUGGGAGCCACUGCCGUGCUUUAUUUGGCUUCGACUGUGCUGGCCGGUGUUCUCAAUGCAAUAAGGGUACCAAUCACGGCUAUUGCUGCUGUUAUUUUGCUACAGGAUCCCAUGAGUGGUUUCAAGAUUCUUUCCCUGGUAAUCACAUUUUGGGGAUUUACCUCUUACAUCUAUGGAAAUUCCUCAACUAGUAAUAAAGACUCUCAAUCAUAA